UCACCACACAGUAGCCUAGCUACCUGUCAGUAAAAUAUAGGACUUCAGAACAGCAGCAGGCACUCGCAUCACAACAACACGGUCGUUGGCAGAGGAAUGGGGGGUAGCUAGCUAGUUAGAUUUCCGAGAAUAAGGAAAAGCUCACUACAAUCAAGAUGGUGUCGUGGAUUAUCUCCAGGAUGGUAGUCCUGGCCUUCGGGACCCUCUACCCGGCCUACUCCUCAUACAAGGCCGUCAAGACAAAGAAUGUGAAGGAAUAUGUGAAAUGGAUGAUGUACUGGAUAGUGUUUGCGUUAUUCACGACGGUGGAGACCCUCACAGACUUGUUCAUGUCCUGGUUUCCUUUCUACUUUGAGCUGAAGAUAGCCUUUGUGAUCUGGCUCCUGUCUCCGUACACUAAGGGCUCCAGUGUGCUCUACCGCAAGUUUGUCCACCCCACCCUGUCCAAUAAGGAGAAGGAGAUCGAUGAGUACAUCACCCAGGCUAAAGACCGUAGUUAUGAGACUAUGAUGAGGUUUGGGAAGAGAGGUCUGAACUUGGCUGCUACUGCUGCCGUCACCGCAGCUAGCAAGGGCCAGGGUGUGCUGUCGGACAAGCUGCGUAGUUUCAGCAUGCAGGACCUGACUCUGAUCAACGAUGGGGAGGAGAUGGGUCUGCACUCCUCUGACCCCCGCAUGAGGAGAGAUGCCUUGGACGACAUGGCUACUGGAGCCAACACGCUGCCCCGCGCCAAGACCACGCGCCAGACUCGUUCCUCCUCUGCGGCUCCUCAUCUCGACGAAUCAUCGCAGCACAGCUCGGACCAAUCAGACACCAGGAGCAUCACCACAGAGCAUUCUGAUGAGGACAUCGUGGAGAAGGUCCCUGUGAAACGCACGGCCAGCGUCAAGGCAAACAAGAAACCCUCCACCGCCAAGACAGAGACUACGACUAAGACGGUGAAAAAGACACCAAAGAAGAAGACAACCACCACAGCUACAGCCAGCAACAACGCUGAGUCACCAUGAUACCUGUAUCUACUGACCCCAUCUACACCCUACUGCACACCACUACAGCCAUCUAACAGGCCCUCUGUCUCCAGUCCACACACACACACGGACCUCUGGAGUGUCACCCUCGCCGGUUAAGCGCAACUCGCAGGUUUAGUUCUACUGUAGAUGGCCAGCAGGCUUAGUUCUACUGUAGAUGGUCAGCUUCAUGUCAACUCACAGGUUUUGUUCUACUGUAGAUGGCCAGCAGGUUUUGUUCUACUGUAGAUGGCCAGCAGGUUUAGUUCUACUGUAGAUGGCCAGCUUCAUGUCAACAACACUUGUUUUAUUUAGCCUGCUGCUUACAUUCUAGGUUUUAUAGUCAUUAACCUCAGUGUGUGUGUUUCAGUGAUGCCCUGUUAUCUGGACUGAAAAAGAGUUGCUUCCUUCCUCCUGUACAGUUCAUAGCCCUCUGUGUUGGGGCCCUCCCAGGCCAUCCAAGGCCCCACACUAGAUUGACUUGACAUAAUCCUCUUGGCCCCCUUGGGAACAUAGGGCAUCCAUCACGGCUCUCCACCUCCCUCACUAUGCUAGGGCAUCCAUCACGGCUCCCCACCUCCCUCACUAUGCUAGGGCAUUCAUCAUGGCUCUCCACCUCCCUCACUAUGCUAGGGCAUUCAUCAUGGCUCUCCACCUCCCUCACUAUGCUAGGGCAUCCAUCACGGCUCUCCACCUCCCUCACUAUGCUAGGGCAUCCAUCACGGCUCUCCACCUCCCUCACUAUGCUAGGGCAUCCAUCACGGCUCUCCACCUCCCUCACUAUGCUAGGGCAUCCAUCACGGCUCUCCACCUCCCUCACUAUGCUAGGGCAUCCAUCACGGCUCUCCACCUCCCUCACUAUGCUAGGGCAUCCAUCACGGCUCUCCACCUCCCUCACUAUGCUAGGGCAUCCAUCACGGCUCUCCACCUCCCUCACUAUGCUAGGGCAUUCAUCACGGCUCUCCACUUCCCUCACUAUGCUAGGGCAUCCAUCACGGCUCUCCACUUCCCUCACUAUGCUAGGGCAUCCAUCACGGCUCUCCACCUCCCUCACUAUGCUAGGGCAUCCAUCACGGCUCUCCACCUCCCUCACUAUGCUAGGGCAUCCAUCACGGCUCUCCACCUCCCUCACUAUGCUAGGGCAUCAAUCACGGCUCUCCACCUCCCUCACUAUGCUAGGGCAUCCAUCACGGCUCUCCACCUCCCUCACUAUGCUAGGGCUUUGCUGCUUAGCAGGAGAUCCUCACUGGUUUAUUGGAGAUGCAUUCUCUAUAAACGUACAUUCCAGUCAGAGUAUGGUAACUCUAUUGGAUGGUAGCUGGGGGCCGCCAUGAAUGGAAAGGUAGACUAGUGGACUAGGCAUGUGUGAAGGAGCGAUCAGGGAGGGAACAGAGUAGAGAGGGAUGGGUGCCAAAGGAUCAGUAUUGUUGUUCCUGGCCUCUACUCAACAUGUCCCAACUACAGAGACUACAGUCUCACCGUUGGUUGUAGCAGUAGUCCACAGAGCAGGUCUCUGUCCUUUUUGGGCAGUCUGUCUGACUACAUAGAUGGGGUUGUGUGAUCUCUGGAAGGCAGAGGACAUUCUGGGAGCACUUAUCUCUAACAGUGUUAAGCCGAUGCCAUGGUUACCCAUAUCAUUCACGCUACUGUAAUGGAGCAGUAGACUGAUGAACACUUGGUCACGCGCCCACAGAGAGAUGAAGAGAUCUGUUUGUUCUCUCUCUCCUCUCCUCCCUCUGGACAGCUCUACCCUCUCACUCCGUUCAGCUCAGAACGGUCCAGCGGAAAGACACACAGCUUCAGGCAUCAUUACCUUUUCUGUCUGACUGUGUGUGUACGAUGUGCAUGUGUGUAUUUUUGGAACAUGACCAAGCUUUUGUUUUUCCCCUCUCUGUUGUCCCAACUGCAUAGAGACAGAAUGACAGAGUUCUCUGACCACUUAUAAUAACAUAAUCAUCCACAAGGUCUUACACUACAGCUCAUAGCAUAGCUAAACAGUACAGACAACCAACAGUUAAUUUAACUUUGUUAGACUUGUGCUUAGGGUUAUUUUUGUUUACUCUGAAUUGACUGGCUUAUAGGAUGUAAGAGUGGCUUAGUGGUCACCAAGCUAAUGUCAAUGCUCUGUUGACACCAGGCUACAUUAUGAAACACCACUAUCGAUCCCCGUCUUGUUUCAAUGUGUUUAUAUUGUGAGAGCUGGCUGUGUCAGGGUGGUGUAGUGCCCUAUUAGGAAGACCUUCAGGUGAGCCUGGCUUAGCUAAGUCUGGGUCUUACCUGGGUCAGAUCAUCCCAGUCUGACUAGGCAAAUAUCUGAGGGAUCUACUACUAUUGUAUAAUAUAUGACUGUCACACUAGGUAUUGUAUAAUGUAUGACUGUCACUUCACAGUAUUUUGUCCAGUGUUUUCACUUCUAUUCCUGAAUGGGUUAGCUAUCCAUGACUGACCUCUACUUCUGGGACCGUAUCCACAAAGCGUCUCGGAGUAGGAGUGCUGAUCUGGGAUCAGGAACCCACCUUUCCAUAUGAUCUUAUCAAUUAUGGUCUGAAAGGCCAAACUGAUCCGAGAUCAGCCCUUUACUGAGACUCUCUAUGUAUACAGGCCCAGAUCUGUGUUAUUCUAGGGUCUGGAUCAUAUCAUUGUUUCUCUGAACAAUAAGGAGAGCAGCUCUGCUAGCAUAUCCUCUUAAUGUGUCAUCUCUGACUGUAGCCUCCUCAAACAUGGUGGAAACUGUCUUACCCUGUUAGAUAGGAUGCUGUGGACAAGUUAUUACAUCUUAGUUGGAUAAGUAAUGCUGUCUCCCAAUAGGGUAUAAAGCUGUUAAAGUGAUGUGCUCUGCUAGUGUUUUACUUCAGAAAGACAUAGACAUUCAUCCAUAGCAUACUGGUUGGGCAGGCAGGGUACUUAGACUCUGUCAAGGCACCUAAUCAUUGCCCCUUAGAAACUAUUGCCUUGUCUGAAAUCUACCCCUGACCUUGUCCCUACCUUCAGAAACUUCUUGUCAAUCUCCCUAGGUACUGCUGGUAGGUUGCAAAGGAUUGCAUGGAUUUAGCUAAAAACGAUGUGAUAAGAACUCUACCUAGCUUCCUUGUAGGGUAUGUUGAGUUUCCACCAUGUGCUUCUCUCAAAUCUAGUGUGUGUCUUGGGUUGGAACCUAAGGGGUUGAUUGUGGAUUGGGUGUGCAUUAGGGGUUGUUUUUUGUGGGACAUGCCCUUGCUUGGGGAAGGGUUUAUUUGGAGUGCUCUGUAAUUGAAUGCAUGAGACUACUGCAUUUGUGUGUUGCCGCUGUCUGAAUUGUGACACUGGUUUGAACCAGUAGGGGGAGACAACUGUUUUAAAACUACUGAAGUGACUGCAGAGGUACUUACAUGUACACACUGUGUGUACAUAGUCAUUCUCUGGCUGUAUGAGUUUGCUUGCCUUAUCACUCUGUUCUUGAAUACAAUUUGAAUUUUUUUUGCUUUUUAAAACUAUAUAUAUUUUUUUUAUUUCUUUGGAAUUUAAUCUGAAAUCUUAUUAGACAAAUCAUAUUUCCUUAAGAGGAGGCACCUCAGCCUCACUGUAAGGCCUUAUGCUGUGAAAAGUGCUACUUGUGUGUUAAAUCUCUUCUGAAUUUCUCUCUCUCUUCUAUCUCAAUAAGAGGCAUUUUAAUUGGUCAGUGAUAGCCAAAUAACAGUUGAUUUCCUUGUCCCAGUACUGUAGGACAUUGCUCAGUAGAGAAGUGGAAUUCCUCAGCCAGGUAUUCUGACAGUGUGUGUUUGGUAACUACCAAACUGAAGUCAUGUAGUCCCAACCUGUCUGUUCUUCCCUUACUAUCAGGCUGGUUACCUUAUCCACGGCAACAUAGCAAUUCCUUUUUUCUAUUCUGUUUUGAUUUGCUACAGUUUGCACUGAAGAAAAGAUGGCACACACUGUAAACACAUUCUUGCUGUCAUGGCAACACUACUUGACAUUAUUUUAACCAGUGUUCAUAUUAUUUUGUAAUAUUUGUUGAUUUAUUGUUGUGUGUUUGGUAUCAGUGUUAUCGUGUACAGGAACUCUCAUUGAGAGAGAAUAUUCUACAUUAAUAUAUUUUGUGCCAACUAUCAAUACUCCACUGUUAUAAAGGAUAAGAUGUUUGUGCUGAGAUAAUGGUAUUUAACAUGGACUGAAUGACAGUCAUAUACCAAUAACAAUGCUACUAAUAAAGAAAAUAAAUCUAUCUAA